AAUUCAGAAAGAAUAAAUAAAAUGCAGACUAUUAAAUGUGUGGUUGUGGGUGACGGAGCGGUGGGUAAAACUUGCCUUCUAAUAAGUUAUACAACGAAUAAAUUCCCAUCGGAAUAUGUGCCAACAGUAUUCGAUAACUAUGCAGUCACUGUCAUGAUUGGUGGAGAACCUUACACGUUGGGUCUAUUCGAUACAGCAGGUCAAGAAGAUUAUGAUAGAUUACGACCACUCAGUUACCCGCAGACGGAUGUAUUUUUAGUUUGUUUCUCAGUCGUUAGUCCAAGUUCAUUUGAAAAUGUUAAAGAAAAGUGGGUCCCCGAAAUAACGCACCACUGUCAGAAGACCCCGUUCCUGCUGGUCGGCACGCAGAUCGAUCUGCGCGACGACGCGGCGACGAUGGAGAAACUGGCCAAGAACAAACAGAAACCGAUAGGGUUGGAGCAGGGCGAGAAGCUCGCCAAGGAACUCAAAGCGGUCAAAUACGUCGAGUGCUCGGCGCUGACACAGAAAGGACUAAAAAAUGUGUUCGACGAAGCGAUAUUAGCGGCACUGGAGCCCCCAGAGCCCGUGAAGCGCAGGAGGUGCCGUCUGCUCUAAGUUUGUUGUUUGUGCGGGUAAAA